AUGUCAUUGGCUCUCAAUCAUGUUUGCGGCCUUUCGGGGGUAUCUCUGAGAGCGGCACAGCUGGCUGGCCGUCAAUGUUGCAAGGCACGCCAUCACGGUGAUCUUACCCUCGCAACUUGCGCUGGCCUGCCGCGGAGUACCCCCGGAGGCGUUCGACGCCUAUUUCGUUCUCAGGGCACUCUCCGAUGCCCCGAAUCGCCUGUUACAGAUAUCAAAUUAGCCCAAGGACCGCCGAAACAUGCUCAGGACUUACCGAGGAGCGAAAAUGAGGAGCCUCGUGGCCCAAAGUCACAGCAUCCAAGUGCGUCAAACCAAACGCGGUCCGACAUUUUGAUUUCGAGGCGACGUUUGAAGAAAGCGCAUGGGCAAACGAAACCUACCCCGUCGGAGUAUCUGGCCAAAGCUCUCCGCCUCGCGGGUCAUCCUCUGGGAAUCACUCAACGUGCUUCCCAACAUGCUGAUAUCAUUCGACACCUACAAGCGCUGCAGCCGACAUAUGGUCGCCCCGCGCGACUAUCCCUCCAGACUACACUCGGGGAAUAUAUACGAUUGGUGGAUCCGUUGCUCUCAUCACCUAAAGAACAGAACUCGACAGGCCGCUUAGACUCUGCACUCAGCAAAGUCUUCAGAGACAAUAACUAUCGCUAUUUAACCACUCGCGGCUACGACGCUGGCGAUGUGGUAGCAUGGGCAUGGAUUUUGAAGAGUAAAGAUGCCAACCAGGCUAUCCCGCGUUUAUUUGCACUCGCAGUCGAUUACCAGUCUAAAUUUGGCACUGGCUCUCCCGUUGCUCCUUCAUUUAUCGUUCUUUUCCUUUUGAAACAGAAGCAUCUAGAGGCUCAAUCCCUUCGAUUGCUUUUGAUCUACUCAUUACAUCUGAUUAGUGGCCAGCCACUACCAUCUAGCAGGAUGUCAGCAGAGCCUCUGGAAGAGGAAUUGAAUCUGCCAUCGGGGCAAUUCCAGCCCCGGGUCGAUUAUUCUACCGGCAUGCGUUUGUUUGCCCGCUUGGUUCGACAUGCUCGCACUGUGUGGCCACAGGCAAUGCCCACUAUUGCAAGUGCGUUUUCGCGGUUUAUGAUGGCCACAGAUGGAGGCGAGGCAGAGAAUUCAAUUCUCAAGAAGUCCAAUGCCGACCGUCUCAGGAUCAAGAACUUCAACAUUUUCCUUCGCCUACUUUCGGUUCCAUCCAAAAUUCACCCCUUCCAAUCCACCUCUCUCCAGCAACAAGCCCAAUUUGAACUACUACGAGCCAUGGCCAGUCAUAAGCCGGUCCUUCCGCUCACGAGGAAGGGUUAUCGAGCUGUUGCUGCGAUCCAGCUGGCACACAAGAAGACGUCAGAUGAGCGGCAGUCGGCUGAAUUGAAGGCUCCUUCGUGGCCGCCUUGGAAAGAAGGCAAGUUGGGAAUAGAUGCUCUUCGGGGUAACGAAGGCAUGUACAGUCGUGCGAUGAACGUCUUGUCGCAAAUGCGAGAGGCGGGCUAUUCUAGCAAGCUCUGGGAAGAUGUAUGUUCAAUCCUGGCUGGCUGGGACACUGAUCGAAGUCCAACUAUUCAGACCAGAAGCUUUAUGCGCUGGUCGAGGUCUUUACACCGUGCAUCUCAAACCAAUCCCGAUCAUCCCGCCAUUUGGGUCGCUCGUAUCCGUGCUACAAGAACUGUUCGAGAAGCAUGGGCUUGCUUUUUGUCUUAUCAGGACCGCGGUCUUCCUCUCAAUGCGGCCAUAUACACUGAGAUGGCUGAAAAGUUGAUCUAUCGCCAACUAGCUAUCAAGAACCGAUUCGACGAGUCAGAUCACGUCUUACCUGGCGAUGGCCGGGAAGUCUACGCCGAGCCUGCUUCCGCUCGUGAUAUUAUCUAUGUCCACACCGAACCCCCGGUGCUUCAAGAUUUCCUGCAGCAAAUGACUUCUCAGGGACUUCGCUUCCCCGGUCGACUACUCGCCCUGUUGCUUCGGACUAAAGUGGAUUUUCGCACCGGCCUGCGGUAUCUGAUUGCCAGUGAUCUCACAGAGGAGCAAAUCAAAAUGCUGUUCACUGUACUGGGCCACUCCUCCGACUACGAAUCGCAGCACAUGGAUGCUCUUCAGACCGUGCCUGACAGUGUAUUUGCGUCCUUCGUCAAAUUUCUCUGUGUAUCCUCGAGCUCCACUUUGCACGCCGGACCCAAGUCUCUUACGCUUGACCAAUUCCCUUUCCUUGCAACAGACGAUCAGUCGCGAUGCCCUGUGACUGUGCUUCCCGACUUUGAAGAUCAUCCACGACAGGGGUGCCACCCCAGGGCUUUCUGGCAUGCAGUUCAAUUGGUCAAGGCUCGGAAGGAUCCCUGUCCAGCGGCCUGGACUCACAUACAAACCGCGCUGGGCAAUACAAGCUCCAAGUAUUUAAAGGAAAACAAAGCUUGGAGGCGGAUUCUCGCAUGGCACGAAGUUCUUUUGGCACAGAAAUGGAUGAAAGGCCAUGAUAUCGAGCCUAGUCUAGAGGGAUUCCAUGCUAUGUGCAAGGUCUUCAAUGAAGCUGUCAAUGCGGGGCUCAAGCACCCAGAUGAGGCUGAGGAAGCGUUCACACUGAUCCAAAAAGCUACCCAUGGCGAUGAAGACAGUGAGGUUCUUGGACAUGAGCACUUUGACGCAAUGGUCGAGAAUGGACUGCUCGUGCUGAAGUCACUGUUCGAUUCCCUCGUUCUCCCUGUCUCCUCAACAUCAAAACUAGUGGAGCAGAGCGUCUUUACCGAGAAUAGUGCAGUCGAUUCACAACUUCAAGUGCCCACGAUUCUGCACGUGCCAUCAUUUGCGAUAUUGCAUCGAUUCGUUCGGGUUUUGGGCGCAGUGGGCGAUGACGAUGGAGUACUGCACUUAUUACAGUGGAUGAGCCGAUCGGCCUCUUCGUUGAAUGCAGCCGCCGAGGAGCGACUGAAUGGCGACAAAAUGCGGCGGCAGACUCUGGCCGCAGUUCGACUAACCUUGGAGAGACUGCAUCGCGGGCCGACCGACUGCGAUCGGAUAGCGUCGGAUCCUGCGAAAGUGCAGGCGGCGUACGAUAUCAUCAGCCAAACCCCGGGCUGGGAAUGGCCUAGUGACGAAGAGGUUGAGGAUUACUGUCGGUGA